AUAACAACUCAUGUCUGACGCCGUUGAUUCCGAUACCGCCAUCCUCUGUUGCAUAUCUCUUGUCCAUCCGAUCUCCUUCCCUGCAUACACCCGUGGGAUCCACCUACAAAAAUACAAUAUGAUAUCAGAUCUUGCUUAAAUUUAAUCUUUCAUAAAUACAUCCAUCUACUUGUUAUUCUUGUUCUACACUGCUAUAAUUGCACUGCACUCCCACACUCCUGCCCAUUGGCCAUUGCUACUCUUUUCUUGAUCUCUAAAGUUGGGUCACAAACCAAAAGAAAAACCAAAUAAAGCUAAAGUUUCCAUCUUUCUUUUCUUUUCUUUUCUUUUUUUCCCUAGGAAUUUCAUUAUUAAAACUGGUUCCUUUUCUGGGUUGACAGUAGCAGUGUAACAGUAGCAGUAGCAGAAGAAGUCACAAUUGACAGAUUCCACUGUUAUUCUCUUUCAUUUCUUUGAUGCUUUUGGCAGAAAAUGGCCCACAAAACAUCUGGUGACAGUAGGACAAGGAGUUCUAUAUCAAUAUUUAUCGUAGUUGGUCUCUGUGGAUUCUUUUAUCUAUUGGGGGCAUGGCAGAGAAGUGGAUUCGGGAAGGGAGAUAGUAUUGCUAUGGAGAUUACUAAAAGUGGGACAGAUUGUGCAGUUCUCUCGAACUUGAAUUUUGAGACUCAUCAUGGCGGGGAGAUUAAGACUGGCGAUUCUGAAAUUAACACUAAGAUGAUUGAGCCGUGCAAGGCUACGUAUACGGAUUACACUCCGUGUCAAGAUCAACGGCGUGCAAUGAUGUUCCCUAGAGAGAACAUGAUUUACAGAGAAAGACACUGCCCUACUGAAGAAGAGAAGCUACAUUGCCUUAUCCCUGCUCCAAAGGGAUAUGUAACUCCAUUUUCCUGGCCUAAGAGCCGUGAUUAUGUUCCGUAUGCUAAUGCACCUUACAAAGCUUUGACAGUUGAGAAGGCCAUUCAAAACUGGAUUCAAUAUGAAGGAAAUGUCUUUAAGUUUCCUGGUGGUGGGACGCAGUUCCCUCAGGGAGCAGAUAACUAUAUUGAUCAACUAGCUUCGGUCAUUCCGAUGAAGAAUGGGACAGUUAGGACAGCUCUAGAUACGGGGUGUGGGGUUGCUAGUUGGGGGGCAUACCUUUGGAGCAGAAAUGUCAUUGCAAUGUCAUUUGCACCUAGAGAUUCUCAUGAGGCUCAAGUUCAAUUUGCCCUUGAACGGGGCGUACCUGCUGUUAUAGGUGUUCUUGGAACAAUAAAAAUGCCUUAUCCAUCAAAUGCUUUUGACAUGGCCCAUUGUUCUCGGUGCUUGAUUCCAUGGGGUGGAAAUGGUGGGAUUUAUAUGAUGGAAGUUGAUCGUGUUCUACGACCGGGUGGUUACUGGGUUCUUGCGGGUCCCCCUAUCAACUGGAAGAACAAUUACAAAUCAUGGCAACGUUCUAAGGAGGAUUUGAAGAGAGAACAAGAUAAUAUUGAAAAGACUGCUAAACUUCUUUGCUGGGAAAAGAGGCACGAGAAGGGUGAAAUUGCCGUUUGGCAAAAGAGUCGAAAUGCCAAUUCGUGUCGUAGGAGACAAGCUGACUCUCAGGCUACCAUUUGCAAAUCCACUAAUCCUAAUGACGUUUGGUACAAGAAAAUGGAGACUUGUAUCACACCAUUCCCUAGUGAUGGUGCUGGUGAGCAGGUCAAGCCAUUCCCCGAGAGGUUAUAUGCGGUGCCUCCCAGAAUUGCUAGCAGAUCUAUUCUUGGAGUUUCAGUUGAUGCAUACUUGAAGGACAAUAGUUUGUGGAAAAAGCAUGUCAAGGCUUACAAAAAAAUCAAUAGCCUACUUGAUACUGGUAGAUACCGGAACAUCAUGGACAUGAAUGCUGGGUUAGGAGGCUUUGCUGCUGCAAUCCAUUCUUCCAAACUGUGGGUCAUGAAUGUCAUGCCUACAAUCGCCGAAAAGGAUACUUUGGGUGUUGUAUUUGAGCGAGGGCUGAUCGGCAUCUAUCAUGACUGGUGUGAAGGUUUCUCUACAUACCCAAGAACUUAUGACUUCAUUCACGCCAAUCGUGUCUUCAGUCUGUACAAGGGCAAAUGCAACUUUGAAGACAUUCUUAUAGAGAUGGACCGUAUUUUGCGCCCUGAAGGAGCAGUAAUUAUUCGGGAUGAAGUGGACGUGUUGGUCAAGGUGAAAAAGAUAGUAGCUGGUAUGAGGUGGGACACAAGGAUGGUAGAUCACGAGGACGGUCCCUUGGUUUCCGAAAAGAUACUGGUUGCCGUUAAGCAGUACUGGACUGUCGAUGGAGGUAACAGCACAUCUACCCAGUGACAAAGCUGAAACAAAACCUGCGAGUUACCACUGAGUUUCUGAUAAUAUCACACGUUCUAAAAGUAAAAUCACAGCUACUGUUACUGAAAGUGAGCGCUUCUUGUCAUCGGUUCCUUCAGCCAAUGAUAUUCUCGAUAGCUUCCUAGGUUUGUCUGCUUCGACUUAUGGCUACCCGUCAUAGUAAUUAAUUUUAAGCGAUAGAUAUAUAGUCUCCUUUUGCUGGGCGAAAGAGAGUGAUUAGCAUGAACUAUAUUUACUGUCACAGUUCGAUCACACUUCUCGAGUCUGUACUCCCCUCAAUUUUUUUGAUUCUGUGUACUGCUAAUUUAUUUGUCAAUUUCUGUAUGUUAACAGUGUCCAAUCUCCAUGAGCAUACAAAUUUCUAGUAGUAGUAUUUCUAGUAGUAGUAUAGUAGUCUAGUAGAUGUAUCUGAUGGAGAAUUUAUUUGUUGUUUCAAGUUUCAACCCAUACAACUGUAGAAAGAAUUGAAAGGAAAAAGAUAGAUGUAAAGGAAGAGAAUUGCUGAACAAUCUAAAAAUAAUUGAAAGGAAAAAAGGUACUUGGUGAAGGGAGAUAAUUGCUUAACAUAACAUCAUUUGGCUACUACUCGAAAUUUGAGAAAUUACAUUGUUUGGUAAUCGGCUUUUUGGUCAUGUUGGGUGAUAUUUUCGGAAUGUUUGGCAAUUAGUUUUUUU